AUGGGGCGUUUUUUUUUAACCGAUGACCCUUUGCCAUUUCGCCUUUUGCAGAGAUGUGCAAUCGAUGAUGACUUCCCUCCUUUUAAUAAGGAUGCCAAUAAGGAAUCAAUUCUAAGACGAUCAUUAGGUGGUCGUGGUUCUGAAGCCAAUCAAUUUGAGAAUGUAAGCACAUUUGAUAUAGAUGGUCGAGCCCAGGAAACGGAAAGUACAGGCGCUGAAGAAAUGGAUAAACUGGUUUAUAACUUGGCCAAGCACCUGUCCUGCAAAGGGACAACUGGAGCCGGACCAAGCAUUGGAUGUGCCCAGGAAUACCCUGCAGAUUUGCAAUUCCGAGCACUUGAACAAGUUAACCUUUCACCUCCUAUCAGCAACUAUGGUCCAAUCCCGUCACCACGACAAAGUCCUAAGAUUCGACUCUCUCCCACUCCAAGGGCCCCAUUCCAGCAGCUACCUAAGGCUUGA